AUGGUCAAUCUCGCCUCUGCGGUGAUUGUCAGGCGUUACUCGUCUUUGGCCUCAUUGCUAGUUCUCAUAGGCGACUAUGUCCUCACCUGUCGAGCAGAGUUCCGUUUCAUUUGGGGGUCUCCGAUAAAUGGCGUCAAGUACAUUUAUAUAUUCGCGAGAUACUUUGCUCUCGUCGUUCAAACCACGAGCUUUUUCAUAUCCCAGUUUUAUCCGCUAGCCAGACCCCCAGUGUCGCCGCAAGUCUGCAAUGUGUGGUUUAUGGUCCUCUUGGUGUGCUGCGUGGUGCAGCUGGCGGCGUUUGACGCAGUCUUGAUGUUACAAAUGUUCGGCCAAUUUCCGCUCCCCUUCGGGGCGUGGGCUCGUGAAAUAGGCUUCGAUGAAGUUUGUAGUGUAACGGGGACACUUCAUGGUGGGGAUGUUGCCGGCGGAGUCGGGGUAACCGUCCAUUUGUUGCUUUUUUACAUUAUAUUUCGCAAGCGAGGUGGGGAAUCAGAAAUUGUCUCCUUUGUUAUCCGUGGUGGGGCGUGGUGUUUCGUUUUGGUCUUGUCGAUGGUGGGAGUGCUCAUUCCUUAUUCGUAUAUGGAUCGUACAGCAAAUCCAUACAUUAUCUUCAUCUGGCCGAUCACCUUCUUUUCUAUUACUUCAUCGUUCAUCAAUUUGUCUUUCACAGAUGUCGCCACUAUAGAGUUUUCACCUCAAGUCUCUGUCGGCUCCUUGGGCUCUCAGCCUGAGUUUGUGGUGGACUUUCUCACCUCCUCGUUGGAGGUGACGAAUGAGCCACCACCAACUGAGUCAUUGACGAGCAUAAAGGCAGGGACAUUACAAUUCUACGAUCCAUCGGAUCCAAAGGAGUUUUCGGCUGUAGAUCCAGACACAAGCUUGAAGACCGAAAGUGAAAUCUAA